AGUUCUGCUGGGGCUCAUCGGUUCAGCCUGCUUCCCUCUGAAGGGAGCCUGGAGCUUGUGAUCUGAGAUGAGCAGAGCCCCCCAGAUGAUCACCCCCUGGGCUAAUAGGGACCUGCAGAGAGCCUGGGAGAAAACCUAUCAAGACCACAGGAAAAAGGUCCAGAAUGCCCAGCCGCUGGUAGACACCCAUCCACCAAAGACCUUCAGCCACCUCCACCUAAAGCUCAAGAAGCUGAAGAUGGAGGAAGAAAGGCUCUCCAUCAUUGACAGAGACAACUGCCUGCUUCUGCAGAGGGUAGCCUCUGUCAUGAGAACCAGGGGACAGACUGACAGCGGCAAUAACUUCACACAUAGAAGUCUAAACAGGAAGACGAGAGAACAGGUGCAUAUGAAAGCACAGAAACAAAACAAAGUCAUUCUGGAAAGACACCAAAGCUCAGAGCCCUGGUGUGGAACACAGAGAUGUUGGGUGAAUGGAGCUGUAGGGGCCAGACAUCCCCGCAAAUGCAGAUGCAUCCAGAGAAAAGGAGCAGAAACUGACACCCAGCAAGGGCACAGCCCCAUCUGGAUGCCCAACCUGAAGUGGAAGGGGUGAGGGUUCAGAACCCAAACACCCAGUGCCCAGAAACACUGAGGAGGCCCUCCCGUGCUUUCCCUGGGAGGGGUGGGGAUGGAGGUGGGUGUGUGCAGGUCUUGGUGAUGGUAGCCUAGCAUCUGAGGCCAAGCUGGCUCCUGUGUGCCUCCAGGGACAGCCGUGAGGGCUGUGACACAGCACCCUGGAGCUCUGUGGUCACGAUGUUGGACAGAUGACACAGCACAGCUAUUUAUUGUGUUACUUGGACUGAUAACAAAAAAACAAAACAUGCAGAGUAAUGCUGAAAGCGACUGGGUUUUGAAUUAGACUUUCUUUUCUUGCUAUUAAUACUUUUUUCUGAGUUACCAUGAGUUCCUGUGUUUGUAUGUAAUUGCCCUAAAAACUCCGUGACUAUCAAUUUACCAGAUAUGUAAAUAAAUAAAAUUGAGAACUUUAA